AUGGCCAGAACAGCUUCAGCAUCUCCAGCGCCAGCAUCCGCUCUAGCCCAAGCGUCCCUGAGAUCAUCGCCCGCACAAGACAUCUCAGACACAAAGUCCAAUGCAAGCACGACCGCAUCCUCUGGCACGAAGCGGAAGCGCGACACGGGCCCCAAGUUCUACGCGGUACGGGUAGGCCACGCACCCGGCAUAUACCACAGCUGGGCGGACUGCAUGGCGCAGAUCAAAGGCUUCAAGAACGCGUCCUUCAAGUCCUUCCCCUCCCUCACCGAAGCCGAAGCCUUCAUCGACGACAAAACCUCCCUCAAAGCCCCCAAGCCGACCCUGCAGAAAUACUACGCGAUCCGCAACGGGCGCGUGCCGGGUGUAUACACGGACUGGCCGGCCGCACAGCGCCAGAUCAUCGGCUGGAAAGGGCCGAAGCACAAGAGCUUCCCGACGACCACUGAAGCCAUCGCGUUCGUCAAGGCAGGGCCGGGCAACCAGAAUCUGGAUAUCCAGGUAAAUCCCCCAGAAGGCCUAGCGGUCGCUGUGGCGGGUAUACAAGAUGCGGCGAGCGACCCGCAGGAGGCAGAGCACCGCGCCGCGCCAGCAGCGAAGAAGCAGAAGAAGACCGCUACGCCCGCCCCAGCAGAGCCAGUCAUUGAGAAUGGGAACGGCGCGCCAGAGGAACCGCCGGAAGCGGGAACGGGCCCUUUGCCUCCGGACGCAGAGGACGGCUUCGACAGGCGCAUCAUACUGAACGCCGAGACUGGCAAGGUCGAGUACAAGACCGCGGAGCAACUCAACGCGAAGAAGAAGAUGGCGAAGGGCGACUCGCAGAACAGCAUGCUGCGCAUCUACACAGAUGGCAGCUCGCUUGGGAACGGGAAGAACGGGGCCAUUGCCGGCGUGGGCGUGUUCUUUGGGCCUGGUGACAAGCGAAACGUCUCCGAGCCCCUCCCCGGCUCCCGCCAAACAAACCAACGCGCCGAACUAACCGCCAUCGCCCGCGCCCUCGACAUCACCCCCCUAACGCGCCCUGUGACCAUCUACUCCGACUCAAAGUACGCGAUCCAGUGCGUGACGGAGUGGUUCGUCAACUGGCGGAGAAACGGCUGGAUCAACAGCUCGCGCAAGCCCGUCGAGAACAAGGACCUCAUCGAGCCGCUCAUCAGCAAGAUCGAGGAGAGGAGGAUGUGUGGCGCGGAGACGAAGUUUGAGUGGUGUAAGGGCCAUGUGGAGGAUCCCGGGAAUGUGGCGGCGGAUGCGUUGGCUGUUAAGGGGGCGAGAGAUGCGAGGCUGGGCGUUGCGGCCGGAGGAGGGGAUGAGAGGUGA